GCAACUUGAACUUUUUCAAGCCUUUCUCCUUCUUGGGUUUCCUUCUGUUUCUUAAAUUUUUCCAAGAAAUUAACAAGGAAAAUUAGAGUAAAAUGGCGACUUCGCGCAUAGCAAGGUUCAUUACAGAGGUGGCUCCACCACAAUAUGUUAGUGUGAUGAGGUGCAGGGCCUCUAAGAUGUUAGAUACAAUCAAUGAGGAGGAUAGAGAUGUCGGAAAUGAUAUUGCAGCUUCAACUCCUAAAUCACCUUCUUCCCUUUCUCCUUCCUUAUCAUCUGCCAGUGCUACUGCUACUAGUAUUACUUCUACUGUUGCUGCUGCUGCUGUCGGUGCGAGACGCUCCAGGUACUUGUUCAAAGAGGUUCAAACAUCCUUCUCCGUCUUUGAAAGCUAAAAGCCAUGCCUGCAGUCAGUUGUGAAUUCCAACUCAGGAAAUUGAGGAGCCUCCUCCAGCAUAUUUAUUCCAUUAAGU